UCUAGAUACCAUCAUGUCCGUCAGUGUUCAUGAAAAUAGGAAAUCCCGGACCAGUACUGGGUCUAUGAAUAUUUCCUUAUAUCACAAGCUUACUCAUCCAGACUGCGUCCUGAGCCAUCUUAAUGUCAUGCGGAAACAGCAGCUUUUCACCGAUGUCACUCUUUGGGCAGGAGACCGCUCUUUUCCAUGCCAUCGUGUAGUGUUGGCAGCCUGCAGCCAGUACUUUGAGGCCAUGUUUAGUAAUGGAUUGAGGGAAACCCUUGAUAACACUGUGAACUUCCAUGACAGUCUACACCCUGAAGUUUUGGAACUUCUGCUCGACUUUGCUUAUUCAUCUAAAAUCAUCAUUAAUGAAGAGAAUGCAGAGUCUCUACUGGAGGCAGGAGAUAUGCUUCAGUUUCAUGAUGUCCGAGAUGCAGCAGCCGAAUUCUUGGAAAAAAAUCUCCAUACCUCGAAUUGCCUGGGAAUGCUGAUGCUCUCUGACGCUCAUCAGUGCCGACGAUUGUAUGAACUGUCCUUGCGAAUGUGUUUGGCAAAUUUCGAAACGCUGCACACAACAGAAGAAUUUAUUAACCUGUCAAAAGACCUUUUGCUUGACUUGGUAUCUAGUGAUGAACUUGAAAUUGAAGAUGAGCAAGUCGUUUUUAAUGUUGUGUUAGAAUGGGUUAAGUAUGACCUGGACAAAAGAAAAGACUGUUUUCCCGAAAUGCUAAAGAACAUUAGGUUGGCUUUGCUUUCUUCAGAAUCUCUGAAGGAGGCCAUUGCCUGUGAGAAUUUGGUGAUGGCCGACGAGAGAAGUAAAAGAAUUAUGGAGGAGGCUGUUCAUUGCAAGAGAAAAAUCCUGCAGAAUGACGGAAUAGUGACUAGCCUUUGUGCGAAACCUAGGCAAGCCGGACACACUCUGCUCAUUCUGGGUGGACAGACUUUUAUGUGCGAUAAAAUUUAUCAGGUUGACCACAAAGCUAAAGAAAUUAUUCCAAAAGCUGACCUACCGAGUCCAAGAAAAGAAUUCAGUGCUUGUGCCAUAGGUAGUAAGGUCUAUGUCACUGGUGGAAGGGGUUCUGAAAACGGAGUGUCUAAAGACGUUUGGGUGUAUGACACGGUCCACGAGGAAUGGGCCAAGGCUGCGCCCAUGCUCAUAGCAAGGUUUGGGCACGGUUCCGCAGAGUUGCAAAAUUGUCUCUACGUUGUUGGAGGACAUACGGCAGUUGCUGGCAUUUUUCCAGCAUCGCCUUCAGUUUCUUUAAAGCAAGUUGAGAGAUACGACCCUCUGUCAAAUAAAUGGACGAUGGUGGCACCACUGAGAGACGGUGUAAGCAAUGCGGCUGUGGUCAGUGCAAAGCUGAAACUCUUUGUCUUUGGAGGUACAAGUAUACAUAGAGAUCGCGUCUCCAAAGUGCAAUGUUACGAUCCUUUUGAAAACCGUUGGCAUAUUAAAGCAGAAUGUCCACAACCAUGGCGCUAUACUGCCGCUGCUGUAUUGGGCAGCCAGAUCUUUAUCAUGGGUGGGGACACUGAAUUUACAGCAGCCUCCGCGUAUCGCUUUGACUGUGAAACAAAUCAGUGGACUAGAAUUGGAGAUAUGACAUCCAAAAGGAUGUCUUGUCACGCAUUAGCAUCAGGAAAUAAACUUUAUGUGGUUGGAGGAUACUUUGGGACUCAAAGGUGUAAAACACUAGAUUGUUACGAUCCGAUCUCAGACUCUUGGAAUAGUAUCACCACUGUGCCUUACUCUCUUAUACCUACUGCCUUUGUGAGCACUUGGAAGCACUUGCCAGCAUGAGCAGGUCGACUACAUAAAGGAUCACUUCUUAUGUCUCAAAGAUGUGUCCGUGGCUCUGAAUGCUGCGUUCGACGUCUCAGUUUCAAGAUACAGAGCGACCAUUGUCAUGACUAUGAAAAAGCCUGCUGGGGUUUGAGACGAUCUUAUGUUUCUGCAACUCGAGUGGCAAAAUAAGAGCUCCCAGGAACGGCAGAUGUGUUGUGUGUAUGUUGAACAGCUUUGUGUAGGUCUCCACUGUACCGAUAAGUGGAAAGUCACUGCAGAUUAAGGAGUCACAUUAUUUCUGUUGAGUGAUUGCAGAGGUCUUUAUAACUGCCUAGAAAGGUAAUUGCAUUAGUCUUAACUGCACAUUGAAGGAUAUGACAGUUAAACGUAUAUAUUCAUUUUUGAAGGACGAUUCCCCUACUUCUAAAGCUUCCACUUCUCUACGUUUGUGCUUUCCAACCUCCACCCCUUAAAACAUUUUAGUGGCUAAGGCACAAUAGUAAAUUUAUAAAACUUGCAUAUAGUGUUGAAGAAUUCCAGACAUAGGGGGUUAUUUGCUAAAACCAAAAGGUGGAAAAUCUAGUGCAGCUUCCAGGUUUUAUUGUCAAAGCUUGCUUGAACGAGCUUAACUACUUGCCAACCUGGCUUGUACCGCAUAUUUACUUAGGCAGGUCGGCUCUAUUGUGCAAAAUCACAUACCUGUACGUCAUUUCGUGCAAUAGCCACUGGGGGGGCACGGGCCGCCGCAGGCAUGAUCGCACACUGAUUGGACACAG